UGUCACUACGCGAGUCAGUCGACGGUCUGCCGGCGAGCAGUGCGGACGCGUCGUUGUAGUAUCUCGCGACGAGGCGAAGUAAUCGCUUGGCAUCGCGAACCGUGAGAGAAAAUAUAUAUAGAGAGAAAGAGAGAGAGAGAGAGAGAGAGAGAGAGAGCGCGCGCGCGCGAAAUUUCUCCCCGCGCAUCGUUCUCGCUGUCGUUGGCGUUGGCCCUCUCGGUCUGCUACGGUAACGCGCACGGCUGUCGCGGACAGAGUUGUCUCUCCCCCGUCCCGCUUCGCCCGGUCCGGCUCGUUCGCCCCUCCAUCUCGUCUCGUGUCGUCGUCGUCGCCGCCGCCGCUGCCGUCCCGGUGUUCGAGCAGCGCCGCGGCGGUUCCCCUCUAUUGAUCGAAUUUGACCUGCGAAGUUUCCCCUAGCGCGUGUGUGCAGUACAGUGGCGGCCGGCAGUGGCUCUCGCGCUCGCGUUCCCGAGUGGUGCGGUUAAAUAAUCGUGAAUAGCCUCGGUAUGGCCGUGCCAGCGGCUUGCACGCGGUUCAGUGACAACUACGACUUGAAGGAGGAACUCGGCAAAGGUGCCUUCUCUGUGGUUCGACGAUGCGUGCAAAAGAGCACCGGUCACGAGUUCGCUGCAAAAAUUAUAAACACCAAGAAGCUCUCGAACAGAGAUUUCCAGAAGCUCGAGCGUGAAGCGCGGAUAUGUAGAAAACUUCAACAUCCAAAUAUCGUGAGAUUGCACGACAGUAUACAAGAGGAGAAUUUCCAUUAUCUCGUCUUUGACCUAGUCACCGGCGGAGAACUGUUCGAGGACAUCGUCGCCCGGGAAUUCUACAGCGAGGCCGACGCCUCGCACUGUAUUCAACAAAUCCUGGAAAGUGUUCAUCACUGCCACCAUAACGGAGUUGUGCAUCGGGAUCUGAAACCCGAGAAUCUACUCCUCGCGAGCAAAGCGAAAGGGGCGGCUGUGAAACUGGCGGACUUUGGGUUGGCGAUCGAGGUGCAGGGUGAAGCACAGGCAUGGUAUGGUUUUGCGGGAACGCCCGGCUACCUCAGCCCGGAAGUGUUGAAGAAAGAGCCGUAUGGGAAACCGGUCGACAUCUGGGCGUGCGGUGUCAUCCUGUACAUCCUUCUCGUCGGCUACCCACCAUUCUGGGACGAGGAUCAGCAUCGACUUUACGCGCAGAUCAAGGCCGGAUCGUAUGAUUAUCCGAGUCCAGAAUGGGACACCGUCACGCCGGAAGCCAAGAAUCUCAUCAAUCAGAUGCUGACGGUGAAUCCGGGAAAGAGGAUCACUGCCAGCGAGGCACUGAAGCAUCCAUGGAUCUGCCAACGUGAGCGUGUCGCAUCCGUGGUGCACAGACAAGAGACCGUGGACUGCUUGAAGAAAUUCAACGCAAGGCGCAAAUUAAAGGGCGCUAUACUGACGACCAUGUUGGCGACACGGAACUUUUCCAGUAAGUAUGAUACACAGGGUCGAAGCAUCAUCACGAAGAAGGGCGAUGGCUCUCAAGUGAAGGAAUCCACCGAUAGCAGCACAACGAUUGAAGACGAUGACGUUAAAGAGGAUAAGAAGGGCGGCGUCGACCGGAGCAGCACGGUCAUUGCCAAAGAACCCGAAGGUACACCUCCGAGCAACCCCGCGACAAUGUCCGCGUUCUCCAGGGCGGUCGGCGCAGCCACGACCAUGCAAGGGAGCAAGCAGGCAGCGGCCCCGAACCAGACUCCCCAGGCCCAGCUCCCGGCCGCUGCGGGCAACCCCUUCGGAAUUGCCGCGGUUCUCCUUCAAGGGACCCAAGGACAAGAGGUAGGCACGUGCCCAGGAAGGAGACGCUGAAGCGCCAAGCAACGGCGAUCUCGACGAAUCGGUAAGGUUGCCCGGAUGACCCAUUUCUGCUUCCACGCUUUAUCGAGAUUCUUCGUAGAGAGUCGCGCGCGCACGUAUACAUGGUGUCUCACCCUGACCGCCAAGUAUUUGUCACUCUCUGAGGUAUCAUCUUGUAUACUUCACUGAAAUGUUGUACUUAUAAUUGACUAGCUUAAACUACCGGCGUUACUCGGGCUUCUUAUAUUUAAAACAUUUUAAUUGAAAUUUUUACAGAAUGUCAUGUCGGAGAUGAAAUCAGGAGGAGUUAUAUAUAUAUAUAUAUAUAUAUAUAUAUAUAUAUAUAUAUAUAUAUCAUUUUUGCUAAAAAAUUCUCUCAGUACACGAAUGGAAAAAUUCAGAUUUUGUAAUCUUAUUUUCAAAAUCAGUGAGAUACGAAACGGAGCAGUAAAAAAGGAAUGCUUUCACUGAAAAUUAGUGAAUAUUCACUGAUUACCGGAUACUCCUUUUAUCGAUUCAAUCAGAAAUGUUUCAUUUCAAGAGAACAGAAGUCAAAAUGUGACAAAAAGUCCUAUGCCAUUUUUUAAUACAAGCAACAAUUAACGAGUCAUUAAUUAUAAUUAAGUUUAAUGCUUAGGGUAAAAAAUACGAACCGUUGUCUUCAAGACUAACUUCGCUAUUUGGACUAACUAUUCCUCCCCCCACUAAUCAAAAAAAUAAUCUAAGCACUACUUCUGUUCCGCUACUUAGGGCGCGCUAAGCAAGCUCUAUUAAAUAAAAACUCUUCAAUUAUCGCUUGUAUUAUAAAAAAGGACUUUUCGUCUGAUUAUCUGCCAUUUCACUAGUUGACAGUUGACAUGGGACAUCUUGUAUGCGUAUACGUAGCCGACGCAGCAGUAUUCCCUGAUAAAACGAGGACGAGGCAGGAAUCGGUCGUUUCCGCUUUAGAGAGCUGGAGCAUGACUUGGAAUUUACACGAUACCUCACCGUUCGGUAUAUUUGCCAUUCGCUCGCGCAUGGCAAGUAUAUCACACAUGAUAUACGUUAUAUUCCCCGCCUCUCUUCUCGCACUUUUUCAAUAACGUCACGGCGAAUAUUCACGCUUUCUCACACCCCUUUUAAUUUUACGUGUCUCCCGACAGCUUGUCCGUCCUUUUUGCGUGCGUUACAGUCACGUCACACACACAUACACACGCACGCGUGCGCCCGUGUACCCAGCGAUCAUUUUGAAUGAUAGAUAAGGCCCCUACCUAAGACGAUCCUUCUUUAGCAGGAGGCACGAGACAGGACCAAGAAAUGAGCUUUUCUCUCUGUGCCGUCCUUCGACACGCUUACACACGUACGAACGCACGCACACGUGUACACAGAGUACUGUCUGACGAAUAAUCAAUUAAUCCCGUCAUUCGACCGGAUGACCGCUUGACUAGCGAUCUUUCUUUUCUUUUCUUAACUUCUUUCACUCCUCUUAACAGGAUCUACGGUUUAACACACCGGCUCGCUCUCCCGGCGAUAUAUCACGCGACGGCUCCCUGCGCUCCUUCGUCGGAUCUUUAUUAUUUACGGAUUCGAGCACUGAGAAUAGACGACGGCGCGAUGAUCGAUCGCGCGUUUUACACCUUCCCGCCGCGUCGUGGCCGCGUUCGUUCUCGCAGGGCGGAUGAAUUGCGAGAAAUAUGAUGAACAAACGGAAUGAGAUGUUCGUGAUCGGAGUGUCCCCGUAGAAGCUGACACCUGCGGUCGACGAGAUAAAUUUAUCAUUUCGAAUGUUUCUUUAUAGAUAACUAUAUUGUACCUGAUAUGUAUUUGUUAGCUUGGUUUCCCGUGUCAGUCUGAUUCUUAGCCUCGAAAGGUAAAAAAUCAUUUUACGACUUCUCGAUUUAAUUUAAAUUUGUUUAAUCUAAAUUUAAUCACUUCGCAGCACUUCGUUCAAUCGUACGAUUCAAACACUUCCAUUGAUUGACAGUUUUCAAAUACAGAUCGUUCAAACGUCUUGUCGAAAUAUUCGGCUAUAGAACACAACCUCUCCAUCGUGCGAACCGUAAAAUAAUAGUAUCAAUUGGCGCUUUUACAAAUGAGAUCUACGGUACAAGUGAGAAUUUACGCUACACAAUUGCACGGGUGAAAUUACGAUAUAAGUGAAGAAUCGCGAAAGACGAAGGGCGCAGUUCGAGCCGAUCAUCGCCGGAGUCGAAGGAGUCGGCGUGCCAACGCGACUCGACGCGACGCAACGCGCCAAAGCUUCGUCGACGUUGACACUAGCUCGUGUUUGGUUGGUUGAUUGC